UUCAGGCGUUAUAAACGCUGACGCCGCUGAGAGAAAGGCUAAUUGUUGAAGCUAAUUUAGAUUAUCGUACAGUGUGUGUGUUUGUGUGCAGGUGAAAGAUGCUCAACACAUCGACUAAAACACUGACUGGAGGAUUCUCCUUCGAGAACACACGCAGAAAUGCAGUGCUGGAGGCAAACCUGUCGGAGAAAGGCUACAGCGCACCUAACGCCAGGAAGACGGGCACCACCAUCGCCGGCCUGGUGUUCAAAGACGGAGUGAUUUUAGGUGCAGACACGCGAGCUACAGACGAUAUGGUGGUGGCUGAUAAAAACUGCAUGAAGAUCCACUACAUCGCUCCCAAUAUCUACUGUUGCGGAGCCGGAGUGGCGGCCGAUGCUGAGGUCACCACACAGAUGAUGUCAUCCAACGUGGAGCUGCACUCGCUCAGCACAGGACGACCACCGCUUGUCGCCAUGGUGACCCGACAGCUCAAACAGAUGCUGUUCAGGUAUCAGGGUCACAUUGGCUCUUCUCUGAUCGUGGGAGGUGUGGAUGUGAACGGAGCGCAGCUCUACAGUGUCUACCCUCACGGCUCCUAUGACAAACUUCCCUUCCUCACUAUGGGCUCUGGAGCAGCGUCGGCCAUUUCUGUGUUUGAAGACCGUUACAAGCCCAACAUGGAGCUGGAGGAGGCGAAGCAGCUGGUGCGGGACGCCAUCACUGCCGGCAUCUUCUGCGACCUGGGCUCCGGCAGUAACGUAGACCUGUGCGUGAUCACCGACAAAAAGGUGGACUACCUGAGGACGUACGACCAGCCCGUGCACAAAAACCAGAGGGGCGGUACGUACAGGUAUAAGCCGGGCACCACUGCUGUGCUCAGUAAGACCGUGACUCCUCUGACUCUGGAUGUUGUGGACGAGUCUGUGCACGUGAUGGACACCGAGUGACAUCUUCAAUACUGUUUCACAAAUAUUCAACACUCCAGAGUUCUCUAAACCAGUCAAAUCAUGUCAGGAAAAAGCUUUCAAUAAAAGUUCAUUUAAUUAUACCUAAAA